AUGACAACACACCACGAAGUCGAGGAUCUGGGCACGCUGAGCCUGGGGCCCGUUGCUGGACCCCAUGGCUCCCGCGCCGCAGGCGCCAAAAGAAACAAUCGUGCACACCAUGCCAUGUCGGGCGUUUCCUCCGGAGAGAGAGGGGGGGGAGGGGCCACGGGGCAAAAGGGAAGUAACCAAAAAGAAAUGACCUUCAUCAUUACCUCGACCUCCCAACGAAGCAAUAGGGAUCAGGCGUUUCCUGAUCCUCUUCGCCUAGCUCUGCGCCAGGAUGGCCCGGGCCCUUCCCACCUCCUCCUCUCCCCCCCUCUUUUCGAAGGUGUAACGACGCUAGACUGGGGCCUGCGGGGCGGGACUGGCCAGUGCGAAGGGCCGAGUCGCUGUGGGCUGCUGCAACCGCCCGCCGAUCGACGAUCCGACCGGAAAAUGACUGGCGGCGGCCAGCACCACGUAGCGGGCUCUCCGCCGGGCUAG